CUUUUCGUGUUGUAGAAUGAAACGGUAAAUUUGUUCGCUUUAUUAAGAGUUGUUUUCGAAUAUUUCCUCAACUGAACGGUACCGAAUCGGGGUUAAAUCGUGCGUGUGCAAUUGUGGCAAUCAAUAUCUGUGAAAAAUUGUGGUUCAUACUGUCUGGCUAGUUUGUGGUUCUAAAUUUAGUUGGUGCGUAUUGGGUGCAGCAACAAACAGCAAGCAACAAUCUUUCCGCAGACUCCGGAAGCAUUGAAGAUCUCUUGUGCAAAGAAAUAUGAAUAAAAAUCGAUAAAAAUUACACGGUUUUAUUGCUCGUCAGAAACUAAGCUUAUGCACAGUUAUGAGAUAUGAAUGUGAAAUAAAGUGAUUUAUGUGUUAGCUGUUAGGAUUGAAGUGUAGCGAUUAACAGAAUGUCUCAAAGCGCUCCAAGAAGACAUCCACCAGCCGGUGGCAAUCCAGAAGUGAUGUCGGCGAAGUUCGGUGACACCGAGUGGGAAGCUCGAGAGUCACAGCGCUUACGCGAGCUUGAGGAGGCUCGUGCCCGAGCUGCUCAAAUGGAGAAGACUAUGAAAUGGUGGUCGGAUUGCACUGCAAACUGGAGAGAAAAGUGGAGCAAGGUCCGCACCGAGCGCAAUAAAGCCCGCGAGGAAUCGAAACAGCUGCGCAGCAGCCUCGAGGCCGCCAUAAAAGAGUCUAACUCAUACAAGCGAGAAAAAUGCGAGCUGGAAAUUCAAAUCAGCCAGCUGAAGAAGGAGAUGGAAAAGGUUCACAUGCUAAUGAUGAAGCACGCCGGUCAGUUCAACAAGGCCAGCUUGGACGCGGCGGACGAACCGGAGCGGGACGGUCGGGAUAACAAUUGCUCACCGGAUAUUUCCUCCGAUGGGUUGAAAAAUGUCAACAGCGAGGAUGGACUGGUUACGAAAAUGGGCAGUAACAAUCAGCAGGAUGAUAGCGGACAGGAUGAUUUGGACGUCGAAGAGUACAUUUUGCAGGGAGGUGCCAUGCCAAAACAUUCCGUAGAGUUUAAGGACAAGGGCGACCCGCACGCCGAGGAGAGAAGACUGAUCCAGCAGCUGUCGAAGGAUGACUACGAUGAAGAUUAUCUGCUGCAAAAGAUCUCUAUGCUGCAGCUGCGGCUGGAUGAUGCCCAAAAGACUAUUCAGAUUGAGCGCGAGGAGAAAAACAGUAUUCACAAGAAUUUCGAAAAAUUUAGACAGGAUAUGCAAGAGCUCAGGGAUAAGUGCGAGGAGUUGCGUGCCGCCAAGCAGGAUGCCGUCAGGGAACUGCUUACGCUGCAGGAACAGCAUCGGGUUGAGAUGAGAAUUACCAACAAUUCACUGCAGGAGGAGGUAGCCGCCCGGGAAACCCUUGAAAGGCGACUGUGUGAGUUGCGAACAGAGCUGGAACGUAUGCAAGCGGAAAAUGCAGCCGAAUGGGGUAAGCGUGAACGGCUCGAAACCGAAAAGCUCAAUCUCGAGCGCGAAAAUAAGAAACUUCGAGCAGAAUGUAAUGAUUUACAGGAACGUUUGGAAAGAAAAGGACGCCCCCCGAUGAGCAACAGUGAUACAGAGUUUCGAGCCAUGCAGCAAGAACUGCUGGAUAAAAAUAAGGAAAUUAGUGACAUUCGCCACUCGCAUAGUAAGAUGAAGAAAAUGCUCUCUGAAGCCAACACGGAGCUUGGCCAUGCCGUUCGCCGUGCCGAGCAAUACGAAACUGAAGUUAAGCGGCUUCGAUCACGUGUUGAAGAACUGAAGCGCGAGCUAGCUGGUGCCGAGGAUGAACUUGACUCCGCAUGCAAUCAUGUUCGACGGUUGCAACGUACCAAUGAAGAGCUUACCGGACAAACGGAAGGGCUUCAGGUGCAAAUACAGCAUUUACAGACCAGACUCCGUAAUUACGGAUCGACCAGUCUUCUGUCAGCAAACGAUGACAACAGUGACAAUGACUGAUCGAGUAGAAUUCGAGCAAUCUCGACCGAUGUACAAUCGAUACAUGUUAAAACUGUCGAAUUAUGUAUUGCGUCAAAUUUCGGACAAAGUGUAAACUAAAUAUUCUUUAAGUAGAUUUUAUUCUACCGACACAAAAAAGAACACUUUUCUGCUGCUUUUAUUUUUUAUGCAUUUAUACUACAUUAUGCAUAUCCAUAUGAAGUGUAUUAUAGUCAAUAGUUCGUAGCAUUUAUUCGUGUUUCGGUAGUCGUGAUUCGUAUUACACAAUAUAUUGAAGUACCACAUUAUUUUUAGCGGUCUCAUUGCCCGCCACACUUGCAUCACUUCCAUUCAUGGUAUUAAAUAAUAAUAGAAAACCAGAACAGGCUUUGCAUAAUGUUUACAAACAAGGGUACGUGUAAGAAACCAGGUUCAGGAUAAUCGAAACAUUAACCAGUUUCCAGUGAUAAGUAUUAUCUCAUCAACCAUAAUAAGCGAGCAACAUUCAAACAUGUGAACGAAAGUCAAAAUCAAACGCACCAGAGAAAGUUAUUAAUCAGACUUGCACACGGAAAUCCGGAUCGAAAACCGCGACAGUCACCACUGUACCAGUUUUGAUUUUUUAAAAAUUUGUUGAUUGUUUCGAGAGUUUAGAGAGUGAAAGUUUAUCUAUUCAAAAAACCUAACAAUGAUAAGGAUGAGCAAAAAAAA